AAUAUUUUCCUGACGUCAUCGGAAAUCUCGACGAUAAAACAUGGCGGAGGCAGCCGUUGAAAGUCGACCAGAAUCGAAUAAAUUUUACUGUCAUAGCUGCUCUGAGGAAAUUAACCCAAAGCCUGAUUUUACAUGCCCUAAAUGUGACAAUGGAUUUAUUGAAGAAUUAACAGGCGAGUUAGCUGAGGCCUCCAGUCCUCAACCUUCACAAGAGCUUGAUCCUGCUGCACAAUUUACAGAGUUAUGGGGGAGGGCUUUUCUGGAGAGCUUUCAAAGUCAAUCGGGGACUGGUUCCUCAAAUCCCACACAAAAUGGUGUAGAGUCUGAAUCGGAGGAGGAUGAAGGUCGUCUUCCAUCUCGACCACAAAGGCUCCGCCCACUGACCCGGAUAUCAGUCAGGACAGGUGGACCAAGGACCAGACAGAUGAGACAACCACAGUAUUUACAUGGGCUUUUACAGUUGUUUGUUGAUAGACUUACAGGAGAAAUGGGACAGCCUAUGAACUUUAUGGCUCUACAUGGGAACCCAGCUGAUUAUGCGUGGGGUGUAGGAGGUUUAGACAACAUAAUCACUCAGCUGCUUAAUCAAUUAGAAGGGUCAGGACCUGCACCUGCUGAAAAAACUAAAAUAGAUUCAUUACCAACAGUUAAAAUUUCCCAAAUCCAAGUGGAUAAUGUCUUACAAUGUUCAAUAUGUAUGGAGGAUUUUGAGAUAGAUGAACAAGUGAAAAAAUUACCAUGUGAACACCACUAUCACAAGCCAUGUAUUGUCACCUGGCUGGAAAUGCAUGGAACAUGUCCUGUGUGUCGAAUCGAUCUAAAUGGUGUAGAUAACUCUCUGAAAAAUGACGACAGUUUAUAUUCUGAGCUGCAGAAUAUUCAGACUGAUCAACCGGAGCCCCCAGAGUGAUAGCAGACUUUUCAUUUGUUGAAACAUAACACUGUGAUUUUUACAUCUGUCAUUUUAACUCGUAAGACAAUAUUAAAGUGACAGUGAUAUGAAUGUAUUGUGGAACUGAGAAUGUGAGAGUAAAUUUCUUCUGUAUGUCGUCCAUGUAUCAGAGUAUGAUUGUACAUGGUUUUAUUACUUCACGUUUGCAUGGAUGUGAUGAAUACAUGUAUUUUAAGACCUGAAAAAAUUAUUAUACCAAAGGAUUGCAGAUGCAUGUCGUGAAAGGGGGCAUUUGCUAUCAGAGAGAGUGUAAACUUUGGACCAUGGUUGAAAUGCUGGGAUAUGGUUUAAAAUGAAGAAAACUAAAAACCAGAGGUCUAAAAAAGAAUGCUUUCUAUGAUUGAAUUUUGUGAAAAUUAAACAAAAUUUCUCAAAACUUUUGAUUUUUUAAAUGUAAAUCGGGUUUAGUCAUUAAUAUAACAUCUGGCAAACAGGACUGGCAGCUGAUGUCCCUUUCAUUUAAUAAGCUAUACAUGUACUUAAUUUUGUUUAAUUGCUAGAGUGGCUGGGAGUGGUUUCGAUUUUCACAUACUAGAGUUUUUUUAUUUUGAUCAUUUGUACAGUGUGAAAUAGCCAUUUUCUUUCUUUCAGUUAUGAAAACCAUGUAAUUAAUGUGUCCAUAUAUUCCUGAAAUAUUACAGGCAUUGAAAUGAUGUGAUAUUCAUGAAUCCAAACUUAUUUUUAGUAGUGUUUUUCUUAUAAUCCUGUUAUUGUAAUGAAAGUUUAGAUAUCCAGUCAGUGUAUAUUUUGAAAGAAUGCAACUUCCCUUACAAAAACAUCAGGCUUAAAACAAAUUUUAAUUGAUUUAUUGAUAUUGGUACUUAUUUUGUUGACUGGUGCAGAAGACUGAAAUCCCUGGGGUGGAAUUAAUUAAACAUGUAAUUCCUCAUAAAAGUAAUUGGUCAAGUUGGUGUCUCUUGCAUGGUUUGUACAUUGAGAUGUUCCAGAGUUUUGUAAAACCUGGGUCCAGUUGUACAGUAGUUAGUUAAGUUUAACUGACAGUUAACACUUUAUAAAUGUAAGAGUUAAUGGCAAGUUAACUCAAUUAUCAUUAACUACAGUGUAACCUUUGUGCAACUGGGUCCAGGGCAUUUAGUAAAGAUUCAAAGGAUAAAAUUUUAAUCUUUUUGGGGUCAUUACUCAUACAUAAAAUUUAUUUCAGGAUUUGAUCUUAGUACCUUUUGAUCAACAAUCAGGUGCUCAAAUAUUUGAGCUGUUGAGAAAACAUAUCAACUCAGACACAAGCUGAGAAUUCUUUAAAAGUCAUAUUGUAAUUAAAAUUUCGGUUAGACGUCAAGUUGUGAAUAUUUUUCCAAUAAAUCUGCAAUGAACGAGAUAGGAAAAUGAAUUUUAAUGUUAUUUUAUCUCUUGUGUGUCAUGAACUGAUAGCAUAAUUCAGCAAUGGUGGAAAUAAAUGAAUUAGAUAUACUUUGAAACACCAAUUAAUAUUGACACUGAUUGAUGGUUGCAGUUUAUGUUAUAAAGAGUGUUGUUUUAAAUAUUGUAAGGGCUUGUUGUGUAUAUUGCACUAAGGGAUGAAUGACAUGCUAACUUGGAAUUUUCCGGUCAUAUCUAGGAGUUUAAUUUGACCAUAUAAUGUCAAUCUAAUUAGAAUUGAAUUCUUUGAUCCACUCACGUAUAUGUAUAUCAUAUCGCUUGUGUAGCGAUAUACGCAAGUGGAUCAAAGGAUUUGAUUUUAAUUAGAUUGACCAUAAUGUAAUAAUGAAACUUUUAUGAAAACGUGUUUUAUUCCAUGUUAUUGUAGUUUUAAAAAAAAAAAAUUACUCCUGUGAAAAGCCCGGCCCCGGAUUCUCUGUUGUGUAAUGCUAAAUUUAUGUGUAAUUAAUUUUUAGCACAAUGAUUUAUUUACCUAUCCUAGUGAAAAUGUUCUGUCAACAUAGUCGGUAAUUUAAUGAUACAUUUUACAUUAGCAAAACCAUUUUUUUUUUAAUGAAAUUAAGCUUUUCUUUCCAUGUACGUAGUUGAUACUGUGGAGUUCAGUGUUGGAUAUUUCAUGGAAUGUGAAUUCUGCCCAUUUAUAUCUAUUUAUUUUAUAUCUAUAAGGACAUUUGACAUUUUCUCUUGGAAUGGCAUGCUGUAUCUUUAAUGUUGAUUUUUCAGUGAAUGUUCUCUACAUACUGAAAGAUUCAAGGUUUCAUUGAAUUAAUAAAAGAAAUAAUAAUUGUU